AUGAGCGAAACAAACGGUCCUAUUCCGGUGAACAACCCGGAUAACUCUAUCCGCAGUCCCCAGGCGGCACCGCCCAUUCGAUUCGACCCCCUUCACGAAGUAGACGCCUUCGACAUCCCGCCUCCCAGCUCCCCUCCUCCACCCUACUCCGCCGCUCCUCCACUCGACAUCCCCGCUCCACCUCCUUACAUCCUCUGCACCUGCAGCUCGCACGAAAACCCCACGACCCUCGUAGAUAUCGGUUUCCACUCCGCUCUCGCCCACGAAAUUUGGAACAAAUGGCAGCAGUACAAGCGCCAACACCCAGAGGUCUAUCAGAACCUGAAUCCGCAGUCGCUCCUCUACUGCUUUCUCUCCUUCGCCUUCCAAGCCACACAGCUCCCGUUCGCAUUCCCCGGGUACGACCCCCGUCAUUUUCAUGCGGAAAUGUGUGUGUAUUUGCUGAGGUGGGGAAUACCUUGUAAUGUGUAUUAUACACGAGAGUGGAACGAAGAGCAAAGAAUAGCGAGGUGUGCUGACGCAGCGGCACAAUGGAUGGUUUCGAAUUUGAGCGAGGGCUGCUUGGGCCACUCUCCACUGAGGGAUGUUUGGACUGAUUUGGAUGAUCGCCGAUUUCAUGACUUGUGGUGGAUGGCGAGAGCUGCGAGAUCAGUACUAUGA